CGAGGCUCCGCCCGUUCCCUCCCCGUCGUUCGCUGCUCGCUGUCCCCCUAGUACGAGGCUGCAGUGGGUCAGUGUUGGAGCUUCCUCCUUCCAGCCGGAGUCUGUAGUCAGUGGACCAGCCAAAGCAGCUCACCCCUCAUUCUAAGCAGACCCACCGACCGCCGGACACCAUGGGAAAUGAGGCAAGCUACCCGUUGGAAAUGUGCUCACAUUUCGAUGCUGAUGAGAUCAAAAGGCUAGGAAAGAGGUUUAAGAAGCUUGACUUGGACAAUUCGGGAUCUCUGAGUGUAGAGGAAUUCAUGUCUUUACCUGAACUGCAACAGAACCCCCUCGUGCAGCGAGUAAUAGACAUAUUUGACACGGAUGGAAAUGGAGAGGUAGACUUUAAAGAAUUUAUUGAAGGCGUUUCUCAGUUCAGUGUAAAGGGUGACAAGGAACAGAAACUGAGGUUUGCUUUCCGUAUAUAUGACAUGGACAAGGAUGGCUAUAUCUCAAACGGCGAGCUUUUCCAGGUGUUGAAGAUGAUGGUCGGAAACAACCUCAAGGACACACAGUUACAACAAAUAGUAGAUAAAACAAUUAUCAAUGCAGAUAAAGAUGGCGAUGGGAGAAUAUCUUUUGAAGAAUUCUGUGCUGUCGUAGGUGGUUUAGAUAUCCACAAAAAGAUGGUGGUCGAUGUGUGAUUCUUCAGAACAACAUCCAACACUUAUGCUUUCUUCUCCAUCUCUGAAGAUCUGCUCAAGACGUCCAGCAACGCUCUCUGUGUAUUUUAAAUGGAAGUAUUUUUCUCUGUGAAGCCACAUUUUCCAACAUGAGCCUCAUGAAGCCAACUUAAGUGUUAUUGAACUUUUUAUUCUCUCAAUAACUUGGUGUAGCACUUUAAAGUCUGAAGGACAGCACAGUGGGGAGGAGCAUAUCAGUGUGAUGGAGAAAAAGAAGGGAGUUGGCUUUUUUUUUUCUAUUUAUUUUUUGUUUCCUCAUCUUUUAUAAACAAGAAUUAUAUAUAAAACUUUCUAUGUAGUCAUUAGGUGGGCUUUAAUUUAAUUACUUGAGUAAAAGAAACGACAAAAUAAAAACUAGAGUAAAAAGUGCCAAGCAGAACAUAAGCCGUUCAAUACGUGAAUAUAAAUCCUUACUUUUAUUUCACACAGUUUUAUAAAUAUAUAUAUAUUGUAGAAGAAUGUAUACUUUGAACUGGGUGUCUGGUCAAUGUGUUUUCGUAUCUUGUGAUAUUUUUUUUUUUUGUAUAUUAACUGGUUGAUCAACUCUGUUGCAUCCUGUUAAUCUACUUUAAGUUUUUUUUUUUUAACACAGGAAAUUUGUAUGUUAAUUUAUACAUGUUAAUAUAUUACCAGGGACUGUGUCUCUUGCUUUUUUUUUUUUAAAUAGUUGAAUGUUACUGCCAAGUGAAGAACUGUUAAUGCAUAUAGCAACUGCACAGAACCUAUAUCUCCUGCUUUCCAGAGUUGCUAAAGCAAGUCACCCAAAUUGUACUAUUCUAUCAGUUGCAGCAGCUGCAAUAGGUAUACAACACUUGAGGACCCCCUGUCCCUUUUUUAUAUAAGUCGAUUUGACAGAAGUCGGGAUUUAUUCACUCAUACCUGCCAACUAAAUUGAACAGACUACUGCAGGCAGCAUGACUGGUAACGAUCUAUGUACAUUGGUUAUAGGAGAGGUUCUUUGUCCUGGUGGAAUGUUUUCUGUUACUUUUCGUGAAAAUAAGACAUUCUGUUCUGCUCUGUCCAUAAAUACUCCCAUCAUGUGUGAUAUAAAAGUAGUGAGACACUCAAAUUUUUUUUCCACCUCUCCUUUUUUCUGCUGUGGUACUAUUUGAUGGAAAACAAGUAAAACCAAACCGAGACCUAUAUAUAUUUUUUGUUUUUGUUUUGCUCUUGAAAGCAUAUCCAUUUUAUUAGUGAUUUAGUGAGGGCAGGUAAAAGCAUUGCCUGCUUGCCAUAGCUGUUCCUUCAACUGAGUGCUGCACACCAUGGGCUCUGUCUGUGCGAGAGAAAUCAAGGUGCUUGGUGUCCUUGCAUGACAUGGAGUUUUGCAUGUAGAUCGAUUUUUUUUUUUUUUUUUUUUUUAAAUGUUCCUCUUGUUUACAUAAUUUGCAUUAUAUAUAAAUAUAUAAAUAUUAAACUAAAAAAAAAAAGAAAGGAAAAAAAAAAAGAAAUUGCCAAACUUUGGUACAUGUUGAUGUUCAAUAACAUAAAAAAAAUCUCCACUACACAUUAAGUUUGUUCCUCUGGAUCAGUCCGUGGUUCAUUAUCCCAGACGGUGGUCUUCUGUUCCAGUGUCAGCUGCCAUGUGCUCUGCUACAAGGGGGAUUUAGUCUUUUGUGAAUUUAUUAUUUUUUGUACAUACAUUGUGUUUAAACAUUUUAGCAGAUGCUUUCUAUUUCUAAUGCUUGUGCAUACAUUGGCUGACUUUCAGAUAGCAAGCAUUUCUUUAUUGGAGAUUUUUUUUUUUUUUCUAAUUUGUGUGAGGGGAAUGGUUAAUGUUGAAUGUUUUUUUUUUUUUUUCUUUUUCUUUGUUUCCUUUGCAUGCUAUAUAACUUGUAGGAACUGUAGAAAUCUUCAUACUCUAUGAAUAAAAAGAUGGAACUUGUU